GAGCAAUGAGGCCACUGGUAGUCGGGAUAACGCUACUGAUGAUGCAGUUGCUCCUGGUGUGCAAUGGAUUGGAAUGCUAUGCCUGCGAUUCGGCUGAGGAUGUUGAGUGUGCCACACGUCCCGGUCAGCAGCUGGAAGUGGAGGAGUGUUUGGUGGCAAACGAUGUGUGUGUCACCUCAAUCACAGCAGGCCUAACGCGACGCGGCUGCUUAAGGCGCCUCUAUCCGAAUGGCUACUGUGCCGAACCCUGCGAUCGCUGCAGCACGAGUCUCUGCAACCGUCACGUCUUUCCUGUGGAUCGUCUGCGUUGCUAUCAGUGCACCGGUGCGCAGUGCAUCGAUGUCAGUAAUAGGCCUCAAAUGCUAUUGCCGUGUCCAUUCUAUCAUGCCGAGGAUCGUUGCUACACAAACAUCUUGCACUUGAGUAACACACAACGAGGUUGCGAGCACACGAAUCUGCCCACAGGUUGUCCACAUGUGUGCCUCAAGUGCAACUACAAUGGCUGCAAUGCGGAGCUCACCGUUAGCGAAAGCCGCUGCCUCCAGUGCACCCACAAUCGCCUCUCGCCCAAUCCCGACUGUCAGCGCGAGCAACAGCCGGAUCAGGAGUCGGAUAAGUGUGCCCUGAACAAUGCAACUGUGACGCAGUGCAUCAACAAGGUGAUGUUCGGUCAUCGGGAGCGAUGUUACACGCAUCGAAACAAUCAAACGGAUGUCCUGCAGCGUGGCUGCUCCACCACAAUGGGAUUCUUUCCCACCGGCGAUCUGUCCGAGUGCUAUGGCGACAAUUGCAAUUCCCAGUGCCAGGACAUUGUCUGUGCCACAUGCAACUCCACCAGCGAUGCCAAUUGUCGUCGUGGUCAUGCCCUCAAUAGCAAACCAUGCGCCCCCAGCACUGUUGCCUGUUACUCCUGCGAACAAGAUACGCUGCUACGUCGUGGCUGUGCCGAUGCGGAUUUCCUGCCCGGUGCCGGAGAGGCAUGUCAGCUGUGCCGCAGCGGCGACACGUGCAAUCGUUGGUCCGUGCGCAGCUGCUACCGUUGCAAUUCCCAGGAGCACGGCGAUGAUUGUGCGGAAAUGCUUCAUCCUGCUGGCAUGACAGUGAGCAACUGCACCCACCCAACGGAGUUGUGUGUCAGCACCGUAAUCAGUCGACUGCAAUUGGUCCACACGGUGCGUGGCUGUGCCAGCGAAGUGCCCGAAUGCACCUCCAAUGAUCCCUACUGUGUGCGCUGCAACGGCAGCCUCUGCAAUGUGGCACCCACCUUGUGGGCCACUCAGCAUGCCCAACAACACCUCCAACUGGCGGGAGAGGCCACGCCCCCCCACCGUCGCUGGCCACAAGCGCUGCUCGAAUAUCUAUGGCCCAAUCCGUAAGCGAUUAGCAACUGCAGAGCAAGCAGUGCACAGUGGUCGAUCUUAUAUGAAGUCGGCAGAUGAAAAUAUUUCUAGUAGAGAUAUCACAGCUUCAUAAAAUUAAUAUAAUUAAUAAUUCAUAAAACAAUCAAGUCACACCAUAACUUGUUCGUAUAACCAUAGUUGCAUUUAAAAUAUAUAUAUGUAAUAAAAUAAGAAAAAUUAAUUUAACCAGCGGAUCAGUCGAUCGCACUCGACAGUGGGAUACCCUGUGCCUGGGCUCUUAGAUGCCGCGUUCGGCUAUAAUAUACGCGAGGAUUCAUUUCCUGUUCCUUUAAUAGAUAGUGACGACUAUCUUGGUUGCAAGCUAUUUUGGCCUAUGGAAUCAAACAAAAAGCAACUCUUUGAAUGCAUUUAGAUGAAUAAACAAUAAACAAAACAAAAAUGUAA